CAAUAGUUCAGAUUCCCGGGUCUCUUUGCUACAUCAGCUGCUCCGACGAAGCAACUGGAGGGGGUGGAUGGAUUGAUGAUACUUUGUGUGUGUGUGUGUGUGUGUGUGUGUGUGUUUAAUUUAUUGCUUCGAUUCUUUCUUUCCUCUUUGGAAAGUUUCGCUGCUGCUACAUUCCAACAGCGCUGGAGAAAACUACAGAAGAUUUUUAGAGAGGGGGGAGGCACUCUCGUUCUCCAAGAUUUUUGCAUUUGGGGAGAAGAUUUUUUUUUUUUGCAUCGUAGCGUUUUAGAAGAAGCUUCUCUCUAUGUUCUCAGUCUGAGCCCAUUGGUGACCGCCCCCCCCCCCCCACCGGUGGAAACUGAAAGCAUCUUCAACUUGGAAGCAUGAACCCCCGAGGAAAAGAAGAAAGGCCGUGAUAGAUUAUAUUAUAUAUAUAUUUAAAUCCAUCUCAUCUAUACAGAUUUUAUUCUUCUGCUUUGAUUUUUUUUAAACCGAGGUUGGGGGAAUAAUAAACAGGAGGCGGCAAGAGAGAAGAAAUCACAGCCACCCUCACCCUACCCCACCCCACCCCCCAAAAGGAAGCGCCAUGGAGAAGAGGGAAGAGGUGGGCAAGGCCGCCGCUAUGAAGCAACAGCCGGAUGAUCUUCAAGCCCCGAAGGAGAUCUUCCAGGACAUAACACAGCUUCUUGGAAGCGAACGGACUAGCCCUUCACCUGCAACAGCUGGGGAUACUGGAUGUUGCCGGGGUAACCAGUCUCCCAUUUCCCUCACACCAGCAGCUAGCCCUCUACCCUCUGUGGCCAUUCCUGUGGAAGUGACGCGGCCUACCCAGAAUGGGCAUGUGGGCCCUGAAACUACUGCAGCGUCCCCAGCUGAAUCAAGGCCUCCCCCUCAAGCUGGCCCAGCUGGCCCUCAGCCUGCCCCAGCGCUUCCUGCUGAGAAGACCGUGCACCCCAAAAGUGAUUUUUCCCCACCAGUAGGCACCCAUGCCACACCUGCCACAGAAGAAACAAGCCUUCCGGAAACUCCUCGAACACCAUCAAAGAACAACCAGCCUUCCUCUGGUGUGGGACCUUCCAGCCCCCGGACUAAACAAACUACCCAGAAGGCUCAAGCCCGGCACAAGUUGGCCCGGGAGCGGCGGGAGGAACGGGCCAAGUACUUGGCUGCCAAGCGAGCCGUAUGGCUAGAGAAGGAAGAGAAGGCACGACUUCUGCGCGAGAAGCAACUGGAAGAAAGGCGGCGGCGGCUCGAAGAGCAGCGGGUCCGAGCUGAGAAACGGCGUGCUGUCCUGGAGGAGCGCCAAAGGCAGAAGCUGGAGAGGAACAAGGAGCGCUAUGAAGCUGCCAUUCAACGCACGACAAAGAAAACGUGGGCAGAAAUUCGGCAGCAGCGGUGGUCAUGGGCUGGUGCGCUACACCAUGGCUCUCCUGUUCACAAAGAUGGUACAAACAGGUGUUCCCUCUCUGCUGUAAAUCUCCCCAAACACGUGGACUCUAUAAUCAGCAAGCGCCUCUCCAAAUCUUCUGCCACCCUGUGGAACUCACCCACUAGAAACCGCAGCCUCCAGCUCAGCCCUUGGGAGAGCAGCAUCGUUGACCGGCUCAUGACACCCACGCUGUCCUUCUUGGCUCGCAGUCGGAGUGCCGUGACGCUUGCCGGCAACGGCAAAGAUCAGGUGCCUGUGUGUCCCCGCUCAGCUUCCGCCACCCCUCUCAGCCCCUGCAAUAACCAGCGCCUGCACCACCGCUGCUCCGAGCGACGGCGGCCGGCAACCAGCAGCCCAGACAUGACGCCCCAACGCAAGGCUAACGCCUCCCCUAAAAAGAAAGAAAAGAAGGACAAGGAGCGGGAGAAUGCCCAAGAGAAGAGUGCCCUUGCCCUGCGCAAACGCCAGUCUAUGCCCGCUGGGCAAGCUCGCCAACUGCGCACACCUGAGAGCAGCCCAGGCCCCAGGCCACGACCUGCCUCUCCAGCUAUCACCAAGCAGCGCCCAGCCUCACCUAGCCCAGGCCCCAGUUCUCCACACCGGCCAGGCCCGACCCGCAGCACCCACUCUUCACCCAAGGUGAAGCCCCGCAAGGAGUACAGCAGCCAACCGAAGGUCCCGAAGAGCGAAGAGAAGGAACGGAGAGUAUCGUCCCCUGCUCUGAGUGAGACCCCCAAGGUCACAGUUGGCAAUGAAGUGGUACCAGAUACUGCUAACCCUUCUGGAAUGGCCAGUCCAGCACCUGCUCCUCCUGCCACCACGCCAGGCAAACCCAUGGCAGGCACCACAGACCGGGAAGAAGCUGCCCGGCUACUGGCUGAGAAACGGCGCCAAGCACGGGAGCAGCGGGAACGAGAAGAACAAGAACGCCGGGAGCAGGAGGAGCGGGAGCGGCAGCUAGCCGAGGAACAGGCCCAGCAAGAAGCCAAGGAACGGCUCCAGCAGCAGGCAGAGCUAGCCCGGCUGGAGGAGGAGCGACUGCGGGAAGAGGAGGAGCGUGUCCGGCAAGAGGAGCAUGAAGCCCAGGAACGGGCCCGGGCUGAGCAGGAAGAGCAAGAGCGGCUGCAGAAACAGAGAGAGGAAGCCGAAGCCCGAGCACGGGAGGAGGCAGAGCGUCAGCGAGUAGAACGCGAGAAACAUUUUCAACGGGAAGAGCAAGAAAGGCUUGAGCGGAAGAAGCGACUGGAGGAGAUCAUGAAGAGGACGCGAAAAGCAGACGGACCUGAUGCCAAGAAAAAAGAGGACAAGAAAUUGGUGAAUGGAAAGGAAGGGAAACAAGAGUCCGAACUGAGUAUAGAUGGUGAAAAGCGGCCUGAAAGCCUUCCCAAGGAAGAAGAGCUGCCCGAGAUGCAGGCCUCAAGCCCAGCUGCUCGCAAAUUGCCCCCUCCUGAAGAAACACAGCACAGCCCCCCCAUGACCCCUGCUCUCUCCCUGGUGAAUGGCCUGCAGAGCAGCAAGCACGAGAACGGAUUUUCUUCCGCCAAGGAGCCCGGCAGCCGGGAGCAUUCCGCAAGCCCCGGGCUGGGCAUAGCUGGAGAGGCCAUUCUGCCUUUUGCCAACAAGGAGCCCUUCCUCGCCAAGGCCCCACAAGUCACAGAGGUUCUGUAAGCAACGAUGCCCCCCUCCCUUACCCCCAAAGGACGGGUGCAACCAUGUGCCAACUGCAGGCUUUGAUCCAACCAGAAGAUCAGCGAGAUGCCCCUCCACACAUGAGGAUCGACAAGACGCGGGGAGCCAGGCUGACUAGGACGGCCCAUCCCCACAGACUCCCUGUUCCUCUCUCUUUCUCUCUCUCUAGUUCUUUUCUUGUUUCUCUUGUUUUUAAUAUGCACCUUAUCAGACUGAUCCCUACUCAUACUUCAUCCCACAAGACAAUAUAAUCACAUAGUUAUUUAACUAGCUGGGUACAAAAGGAUGUGAAUAAUGUACAUAAAGAUCAGUGUUAACACAGAUGACGUCAGCAGCAUCACUGGCAGGAUCUCGCUGCCCUCCCUCCCACACGUGUGUUCGCAGGAGACUCCUUUUUUGUUUCGUUUCACAUGCGGGCUGGGUCAUAGCUGGGGGGGAGACAGGAUCUCGGCAUCGGGCUGGGGUCUGUGCGUGUGUGUCUGUUACAGCCAGUGCAAAAUUAGGCAAGUCUGGAGCUGUGAUGUAAACUCUCGGUGUUUGGCCUCAGCCAGGAUACCCGGAGUUUCGUGUGUCUGUGUGUACCAUAAGCCACUCGACUGUCGUUGUCCAACACAUUGUGCUUUUAUUGGGUGCUGCUGUUUCUGCGUGUGUGUGUGUGUGUCUGCGUGUGUGAUGGCUGGGACACGUCGCACUGGGUGUCAUUACGACAGUAUUAUACAUCUGAACAACCUUUUAUGGGCAAUAAAGAUAACAAAUGAC